AUGGCGGAGUGGAGUGCCACAGUGGGGAAGAGGAAGUGCUCCCAAGAUAGGCAAGUGGAUGAGAAGCCCGUUCGCAAGAAAGGUCUAAGCUUAUGCUCCACUCGCUGUGGGAUAGCCUUUACCACGCACAUGUGCAACUUCAUAACGGCGGCACAGUGUACUGUCCUAAACAUCACCAUGCUAGCCAUGGUCAACAGCACGGACCAUCGGUUCCAGUUUAAUGACUCUACCAAGGGGCCGCCUGGUGACUCAUUUGGUGGCCCGAAUAACGCCCCAGACAGUCUCCCUGCAGGGGUCCUUGUGUACAACUGGAGCCCUCAAAUUCAGGGCAUCAUCUUUAGUUCUCUCAGCUAUGGCCUGAUACCGAUGCUGCUUCUCAGUGGAUACCUGGCUGGAAGAGUAGGAACAAAGAGAGUGGUUGCUGUUUCUUUGUUUGCAACCUCACUCUUCACUAUGUUCACCCCUCUGGCAGCCGAGCUGGGACUAGUGUCCUUCAUUGCAACUCGAAUUGCACAGAGCAUAGGCCAGGGAUCGGUAUUAGGGGGUCAGCACGCGCUGUGGGAGAAAUGGGGUCCUCCACAUGAACGAAGUCGACUCUGCUCCAUCAGUUUAUCAGGAAUGAUAUUGGGAACCUUCACCAUCAUCCUCCUGGGUGGCAUGAUCUGCCAAAACCUUGGGUGGCCUUUUGCCUUCUAUAUCUUGGGAGGCAUCGGCUGUGUCUACUGCCUUCUUUGGUUUGUUCUGGUUUAUGAUGACCCCAUCUCUCACCCAUGGAUAAACAUCACAGAAAGAGAAUAUAUCAUAACGUCCUUGGCUGACCAGAUACACGUCAGCCCUUGUAAGCAGCCUCUUCCCAUCAAGGCCAUGCUCAGAUCGCUACCACUUUGGUACAUAUGUGUCUGCGGCUUCGGCCAUCAGUGGCUAAUGAUUACACUGAUGCUCUACACACCAACUUACAUCAACUCUGUGUUCAACAUUAACAUGAGAGAUAAUGGGUUCCUGUCUGCCCUUCCCUUUCUCAUCGCCUGGGUCACUGGUAUACUAGGAGGCCAGCUGGCAGAUUUCCUCUUGACCAAGAAUUUUAGGCUUGUUACUGUGAGGAAAGUGAGGAAAGCUGCCACAUUUCUAGGAAAUUUCCCAUCUUCAGCGCUCCUUGUGGUUCUGCCCUACAUCACCCCCAGCUACAUCACGACAAUGACCCUCUUGAUCCUCUCGUGUGGACUGAGCUCCUUCUGUCACUCAGGGAUCUAUAUCAAUGUCUUAGAUAUUGCUCCGAGGCAUUCCAGUUUUCUCAUGGGAGCCACAAGGGGAUUCAUAUUCAUAGCAGCAAUCCUGACACCAACUGUCAAUGGAUUUCUCCUCGAUCAGGACCCUGAAUUUGGGUGGAGAAAUGUCUUCUUGUUGUUAUUUGCCAUUAACCUAUCAGGACUGAUCACCUACCUUAUAUUUGGAGAAGCAGUUAUCCAAGACUGGGCUAAAGAGAGGAAACUCACUCGUUUAUGA